CCUUCUGUGUAUUCCUGGCCAGAUAAUAUAUUAGACCAUUAUCAGUUCUUAUCAUUUUAUAUUGACUAUCAGAUUUCUUGUCUGUGGCAACAAAUUAAGAACAGAUUAAAAGGACAAGAAGUAUAAAAAGGAGUUUGACUUCAGACACUCUACAGCAACAAGUGGCCAGAGAAUCCUGAGAAGUCUGGAUGAAGCAACAAGAAGGAAGUCAGAGAAGUGAACAUGGCUAAGGAGAGGCCUGGCAGACAGUUAGGAGACAGACAAUGAAAAUGUGCAUCAGGAAUACACCGCCAGGCAGACUGGGCACUCCUGUUGUCCUUAAAUUAGUGGCAGACACCUGUUGCUGACAUUUAAACCUGCAACAAGUCCAGCGGAAACCAAGCGUAGAUUGCUAAUAUCAGAUGUCAACAGAGGAAGAAGAAGAGUCACUGCUGCCGCGGCUCCCAGAGCUGUUCGAAACUAGCAAACAACUUCUGGAUGAAGUGGAAGAGACAGCCGAGCCCAGCACUUCCAAGAUAAUCCAAAAGAAGGUAUCCGAGGGGCUAACGCAACUCGAGAAGGCAGCCGAAAUGUUAUCGCAGCUCGACCUGUUCAGCCGAAACGAAGAUUUGGAAGAGAUUGCUUCCACAGACCUGAAGUACCUGCUGGUGCCAGCACUUCAAGGAGCGCUGGCCAUGAAACAAGUCAACCCCAAAAAGCGUCUAGAGCAUUUGCAGUGGGCUCGGGAACACUUCGUCAACUACUUAACUCAGUGCCAAUUCUAUCACGUGGCAGAGUUCGAGUUGCCCCAAACCAACAACAACCCGACUGAAAAUGACACCGCUAUUUCAUCCGUGGCCCAUCCUAGUCUCCUUGCUAUGGCCACUAAAAGACAGACUAAAAUAGAGAGAUACAAGCAGAAGAAGGAGGUGGAGCAGAGGUUGUCCGCAAUGAAAUCUGCCGUGGAAAGCGGCCAAGUAGAUGAUGAGAAUGUUCGUGAAUAUUACCUCCUCCACCUCCGAAGGUGGAUUGUUAUCAGCUUAGAAGAGAUUGAGAGCAUCGACCAGGAGAUGACGAUCCUGAGAGGAAGAGGCUCUUCAUCAGAGGCAUCGACUUCACACUCAUCUCUUCCGGACAGGCCUACAGGGAGACCCUUCAUUCUCGCUCGGAAUGUGACCCAAGCCAAAGUAUUUGGAGCUGGUUAUCCGAGUCUGGCAUCUAUGACGGUGAACGACUGGUAUGACCAGUAUGGGAAAUGUGGAACAUUACCAGAUCAGGGAAUACCCGAGACAACAUGCGAGGUCAAAAGAGUAACUCAGAGAAAGGAAGAUCAGAAACAAAAGGAGAAAGUGGAUGAUGAGCAAACACACGACCGAGCUCAGGAGUGGGAUGACUGGAAGGACACCCAUCCUAGGGGCUACGGCAACCGACAGAACAUGGGUUAGUCUUCCCACAACCAGACGGGACUAUGAGGGGCACAUUUUCCCCAUGAAGGAAAGCUGUGCUGUCUCCCUCUGCCUGGGUUCCUGCUUCAGCUCUGUACCAUGAAGGCAGUGAUGUUUAAUCUUGCUUUGUGUUCAAUAAAGUGUCAAGCAAUUAA